AUGUCUUGGCGUGAACUCCUUCCCCCUUGGAUGGUGAUUGUAGCGGGACUGACGGGCAUUGUGCUCCUUUGCGUCUCCACUCAAGAUGUGCCCAUCACCCCUCCCAGGAUCAAGUACGGAAUUGUUCUGGAUGCUGGCCCAUCCCGCACCAUCCUGUUCAUCUACCAGUGGACCACCACCAACGCAAACAAGACCAGGCUGAUCAGGGAAUGUAGUGCCUGUCCUGAGCAAGGUCCGGGAAUAUCCAGCUACUCAGAUUCUCCUCAGAAAGUAGGGAAGAGCUUGGAGACAUGUUUGACAUGGGCCCAGAAAGAGAUCCCAGCAGAACAGCACAGCCAAACCCCCCUCUACUUGGGAGCAACUACCAGCGUGAGGCAGCCGAACCUCACCCAUCCCACCCUCUCUGACGAUCUCCUUGCAGCCCUGAAGUCAUCCCCCUUUGACUUUCAGGGGGCACGAAUCCUGUCCAAUCCAGAAAAGGAAGCAUUCAACUGGGUUGCUGUUAAUUAUGUCCUGGAGAACUUCUUUAAGUACGACUGGCGAGGACAGUUGGUCCCCCCUGAGAAGGGGUUGGCAGGAGUUCUGUCUGUGGGAGGAACCGCAGCACAGCUUACUUCCAAGGUGGAAGAAGGGAACCAGGCACCAAAAGAGGGAGUGAGGCUGCAGCUGUAUGGACAGACACACAAUGUGUACACUCAUCACUGCCCCUGCCACGGCACGGACCAGCUCCGCAACAGGCUGCUCUCUAUGCUCAUUCAAGAACAGAGAAGUGCUAAGACCGUGUCUAAUCCCUGCUGGCCCCUCACCUACUCCCGGGAAUUGCAGUGGCAUUCAGUGCACGCUGGGCCUUGUGCUAUCAGUGAUGACACAUUGGACAUCCCCGACCCUGAUGAAGUCUUCAACAUCACUGGCUCCAGCAAUCCCAUCGCCUGCAUGAGACUUGUGCAAAGCCUGCUCAAUUCUUCUUCCUGCAGUUUCUUCAAGCAUUCCUUCAGCAAUCUUUUCAAGCCCCUCUGGACCAGGUUUCUGGUGAUUUCUGAAGCCAUUGACUUCAUGAGAAAAACCAUACCCUCUUCUGACUUGAGUCAGGCAGUCUACAGGCUUUGUGGAAUGUCCGUCAAAGAGCUAGUCAAGGAGUCCCAAACAAGCCUGGAUACCCUUGCUGAUUACUGUAUCGUGUCCACCUUCAUCUUUCAUCUCAGUACAAAGGGAUACACAGUUGACUUUGACAGGUCUGUUUGGACUGCAUUCCAGAAGAUGGGUGAUAGAUCGUCUGGCUGGACUCUUGGGUACCUGCUGAAUCUGACCAACACCAUCCCCCAGGGCAGCCCAAACUUCCUCAAGGGGAUCGAACCAGGGGUCUGGUCGUUGCUCCUUAUCCUCUUUGUCGUGCUGCUCACUGGCUCUUUCAUGCGCAUCUCAUACCGAGUGAUGGUCAAGGAAAACAGCUUCAGUAACAGGAACAGCAGUGUUUUUGAUGACAACUGA